AUGGCGACCAUCGCGCAUCCGGGGGGCGCGGGCCUGCCUGAUGACAAUCAAGGGCCGCGUAUUCUGGCGGCCACGAGUACUGUGACGGUUGGGGCGGUCUUCACCGUGCUUGCUCGCAUGUACGUGCGGAUUUUUCUCAUUCGCAAUGUGGGAUUCGAUGACUAUACCAUGCUGUUGACCAUGUUACUGUCCCUGAGUGGAUGGGCAAUCAUCAUCCCAGAAGUCAUCUACGGGGCAGGCCGACAGGGUAAUAUAAUAUCUCACUAA